AUGUUAUAUACUAAUUUUUUUUUUUAUUCCUUGCAAUACUUUAUAUUGAUUAAUAUUUGUAUUUCACAAGAACAACAGAAUGAUAAUUUAGAUUUAUUUUCAGAAAAAAUAAGUUCAAAUAAUUAUACAAGAGAAAUGUUUCCUGGUAUAAGAAAUUCGAUUUAUACAACAAAUAUAGAACAAGAUGAAACUCUUGACUUAGUAAACACAUCUAUUAAUUUCCUUACGAAACAAAAUAAUUUAGCUACUGAUGAUGAAGAUGAUCCUUUUAACAUGAGCUUAGUUGACACAAUGAAUAAUUUAGAGAAAAGUGAAUCAAAUGGUAUAAAAAAUAUUAUGGAUGAAGUACAAAGUACAUUAAUAGAUUCACUAAUAGAACCUUUCUAUUCAUUCUUUGAAAAUGAACACUCAAAUAUUCAUACUGAAAAAGAGUCUUGUAACACAAGUCUAAUAGGUACAAAAAACGUAGAACAUGAAGACCUUGUUGAAUUACAAAAUAUUUUGGAUGAAAUUCUAAAUACAUCACCAGAUUCACGAAUAGAAUCCAUUGAUUUAUCCCUUGAACGGGACUAUUCAACUAUUCAAACGGAAAAAGAGUCUUAUCGAAUAAGUUUAAUGGGAACAAAAAAUGUAGAACAUGAAGACCUUGUUGAAUUACAAAAUAUUUUGGAUGAAAUUCUAAAUACAUCACCAGAUUCAAGAGAAAAAUCCAUCGAUUUAUCCCUUGAACAGGACUAUUCAACUAUUCAAACGGAAAAAGAGUCUUAUCGAAUAAGUUUAAUGGGAACAAAAAAUGUAGAACAUGAAGACCUUGUUGAAUUACAAAAUAUUUUGGAUGAAAUUCUAAAUACAUCACCAGAUUCAAGAGAAGAAUCCAUCGAUUUAUCCCUUGAACAGGACUAUUCAACUAUUCAAACGGAAAAAGAGUCUUAUCGAAUAAGUUUAAUGGGAACAAAAAAUGUAGAACAUGAAGACCUUGUUGAAUUACAAAAUAUUUUGGAUGAAAUUCUAAAUACAUCACCAGAUUCAAGAGAA